AUGGAUACAACCUUCAUUGAUGCUUUGAUUGAAGAAAGCCGCAAAGGUAAUAAAGUGGAUGGUACAUUUACUACAAUGGCAUAUGACAACAUACUUUCACUUUUGAGAUCUAUCUAUGGUAACCAUAUCCGCAAAGAGAAUCUUAAGAAUAGACUCAAGACUUUAAAGGAUCAUUUUGGAGUUUGUUAUGAUAAUUUUCAUGGGUUUAGUGGAUUUUCCUGGAAUCCAAUUACAAAGAUGUUUGAGGCUGAAGCUGAAGUCUGGGAAGAAUUGAUUAAGGCAAAAUCAGAAGUGAAAAAGUGGAUGCGGACUCUAAUCAAACACUAUGAUAAACUAUUUGAGAUAUAUGGUACAGACAGGGCAACAGGAAAACAUGCUGAAAGUGCCAAAGAAAAAGUGAAAAGGUGGGAAAAGAGCAAAGAAAAAAUUAACUUGAAUGAUGAUGAGAAUUUUUUGGUGUUCCGGCUGACGUACGUCUUGCCACAUUAUAUGAAUUGA